AUGACCGAGGAUGGUGAACCCAUUUGUUUACGUGGUCAUGAGCGUGCCAUAACACGUAUUAUUUACAACAAAGAAGGUGACCUAAUUUUUACUGCUGGAAAGAAUCCAUCGCCCAAUGUUUGGUUCAGUCGAAAUGGAGAGCGCUUGGGAACAUUUAAUGGUCAUGCGGGUGUAGUUUGGUGUCUAGACGUUGACUGGACGUCAACUCAUUUAAUUUCUGGCUCUGGUGAUGCCACUGUGAGAUUGUGGGACGUUUCCAAUGGCAAGGAGCUCAACCGCAUUUCUAGGCCGUCCUCUGUCAGGGCUUGUGGUUUUUCCUACUCAGGGCACUUGUUCUUUUUUGUUGCUGAUGUUUUUAAGCAAAAUCCGGCUGAAGUUUGUGUGCUGGAUACCCGAGAUCGUAGCCACGCGGCGAUUUGGGGUGAUUUGGAGGACUUUAUCAUAACGGGCUCGGAUAACGGUGAUCUUAACAUGAUCGAUAUGCGACAAAAGGAGUCCGUGAAGUCCGUUAAAGCUCAUAGUGGUUUAAUCACGGAUUUGCAAGUUCAUGUAGAUGGUACUAUGUUUAUUAGUGCCUCGAAGGAUCACACAGCUAAGCUCCACGGUAUCUACGAGCUGGAUUGCAUCCGCACCUACACGGCUGAGCGUCCCGUGAAUUCAGCAUCCAUCUCUCCUAAUCGACCUCAUGUUCUGUUGGGAGGUGGUCAGGAGGCUCGAGAUGUCACUGUUACAGCCGCUCAGACGGGUAAAUUUGAUGCCCGAUUCUACCAUAUGGUCUAUGCGGAGGAGUUCGGUCGUGUCAAAGGUCACUUCGGCCCAAUCAACAGCGUCGCCUUCAAUCCCGAUGGCAGUGGUUUCGCAACCGGAGGUGAAGACGGUUACGUGCGACUUCAUGUCUUCGAUCCUGACUAUGAAGAUGUUGAACAACGACUGUUCAGUAUACCCACGAGUGCCAUUCAAGCCGCGUAA